AUGAUCCACUCCUUGGCGAAGGCUGUUUCUGGUCCUCCUAAAUCUCUAAGGAUGCCUAGGCAGUACGCCAAAUUCUCACUGAUUCUUUCCUCCUCCAGUCUCCUGUUCGUCAGGUUUCCUCGAAAGAGGAUGUCCACAGCCUCUCCGAUCUUCCGUUUUCCGGUGUUCUAUCCAAAUGAGGCCAAUCUUUCAGUCAAUUGUGUGACCGGUCAGGACACUGUGUUCAGCUUUCUCCGAUAG